AUGCAGCCCUCUCCCUACCAGCGCCCUUCGCCGCGCACAGCCUCGGCCGCCAACAGCCUCCAGACGAACCCCACACGAACGAACAACCAGCGGUACGGCUCGCCCUACUCAGACACCGACCCAUACAGUGAUCGGGGUCCCGAUGAAGAAGAAGGCGAUAUGGCUUCACCUGAUCAGAGGAACAGCCAGAAGGUGAACCAGGUCAUACAGAAUUUCUUUACCAAGGCUGCUCUUACCAUCAUAUCAUCUCGAGUCAUGCUACCACAGUCUUUCAAUAAUAGCGGUGGCAUAAGACAAAACAAAUGGUUCAACGUGGUAUUAGACGACAGCGAUGAGGUCCAGCAGCAACUCACCGAUUGGAAAAACAUGGAUGCUAUGGCCUGCGACCACCCUCCUCUCUGCAUCGAGGUCUACCUGGACACAAACGCGUUAGGACACAAGCAGUCGCUGGUCAUACGUGACGACGAUGGAAAGAGAUGGGAUGUCUCUCGAGCGCUCGACAACGCCUCUUCGGGCACUUCCGCUAAAGCAACACAGGUGCUGCUGGAGCGCUGGACAAUAAGCGUGGGCGAAAAGUCAUCGGUGCACCCCACAGAGCUUAACGAUCCCCUGCCGAACGUCUACAAGAAGGCUGUUGUCUUGUUUCGGGCGCUCUACACCUACAUUCGCUUCAUCCCCGCUUUCAAGUAUUACAAGGUUGUUGCUAAACAACCUGCGAAUUCACCUGCGCUGAAACUGGCCUACCGGAUCACAAACGGCAAUCUCAAGAGUCCACACCCUGACACCCUCAGCCUGCCGCUGUACCAAUCCGAAGAAUCUGUUACCGACCGCCAAGAUUUCGGACCUUCCCACUCACCAGUUGGACCGUUGCGGAUAUCUGUGCAGUAUCGUACAAACUGCGAGUUUACCGUCGAAGACUCCGAGUCUUUGCUGAGUUCUGAGUUCAUGGGGCUCGACAAUACGUACUUUGACCAGUCCCAACGAGGAGCUGUACCUGCUUCACUUCCUGUCAACAAGAUCCAUACACAAGAGACGCCUGAGAUUGGUCACGCAUAUGGCAGUUUGUCUACCUUCCACCAAGUCGGACCUCCUGCAGGAACAAGCCCAAUAUCUGCUCUUCGUGCGGUUCGAGAUAUGCCCUCGUCUUCGCCUAUAGAAUUACCGCCGCAGAAACUACCACCGAACCACCGCACUGCUCAGGGGUCGAAGUCUUCGCUACGAUCUGCUGAGGUUCCGUUCCAACGACGAACCUCGGUAUCAUUUCAGCCCUUCAAGGCUGGUUCAUUGUCAUCGUCACCAGCUCUAGGCCCUGCAGCACUGCCUUCACCCGGCAGCUCAUUAGGCAGGCCAAGCAGCUCAUUUGGGCGUACCGCUACUCCCAAUCCACUUCUUCAACCUCGCAAUCGUACUUCAUUAACAGCGCUCCCUCAACAAGCUCUGCGGACACCAUCGCUGCCUAACGAAACCGCCAUCGUCUCUUCCGCUUCAAGCUCGCCAAGGCCCGCUCCUAUCAAAUACAGUAGUAGCUUCGGUCACCGCAGGAACCGCUUCUCUACCAGUGGUGGCAGCAAGACUGAAGAUGACAAUCUAAGCAGUGGCAAGGGUAGCGUGGCGUCUUCGGUGCAACGCGGCUCGGAUGUACUCAAUGAAGGCGAGGGUGGCAGCUCUGGCGAGGUCAAGUCAGAUGACGACAACAUCUCGGACUUUUUGAAGUUGCUCGAAGCAAAGAAAGAGCUCAAAAGCUUCAACCGCAGCGACAACGCUUCGAAGGAGUCGGCCAUGCGUAGGACUACGGCCCAAUUGUCCAAGUACCAGCGACUUAAGGACUCGCACGCGGCGCUGUCUGAUUCCGUAUCGUCUUCCACCAUGUUGCACCGAUCAUCUUCGUCCUCGAGCCGCCACCUAUCCAGCGUGCCCGCCAUGAUUGCUGGGACGUCAGUGUCAACUGCCUCGUCACCAGGCAAACCGAUUUCACCGCACACUCCUCACACGCCUGCUAUCCCUUCACGACUCAGCGCCAACAGCAUCAUUGAGUACGAGCCACGGCCUCGACGAAGUCGAUCGUCGCGUCCGGACCGAGAACAGGACACAACUGAUCCACAAGAGCCAAACGAGGGCGACGAUCCCAGCACCAAUGCGAUCGAUAUUCCCACCUCACCUCGGCACUGGGAGCGGACGUUCAAUCGCCGGUCCAGCUCGGUCGCCCAGCAAGACCGCAACCCCGAGGACGAUCUCGACAACUACGGUCGUGCUGCUAGUCUGCCUCUCACAGAGGCUGGGCGAGCCAAGGAGUCGACGCCUAGCGAAUCGUUUGCCCAGGCAGAAACGGGCGCCAGUGCCACUCAACACGACCAGGGCUCUGAGGAGAUCGAUCCCCUCGACGCAACCGCGCAACGAGCAUCAUCUUCAUCGAACACGCCCGCCAAGCGCGGCACAUACUCCGGCAGCUCGCGCGGCCGCACAAGCUUCUUCUCUCACGGCUCGUCGUCGGGCGCAACGAGCUCUACCGAACGCCCAAGCCGAUACAGCUUCUCGAGCCGCGGCCUCGGCCCGGAAGACGACGAGCCGCUGCUCUUUCAGAUGAGCGAGAUCGGCGCCGGCGGCUCGCGCCGCAGUCUCGAAGAAACUCCAAGCUCAGGUGCGGCGGGCAAGCGCAUGUCACCUUGGGGUCGCUAG